GCCACUGCCUGCUGAAGCCGCUCCGCCUCCGCGCCGACAACGCCAAAGAAACCUCCCAAACCGCCGCCCGCCUUGCGCAAAAUGCCACCCAAACCCGCGCCACAGCUCUUCCGAUACGUCUCCAAGCCCCGCAAGCCGGCGGCGCCGUCCGCGGCACCCGACGCCACCUCCCCCGCCGUCCACGACGCCCCCGCGUCCGAUGCCGACGCCGACGCCGACGCGGUGUACCGCGUCGUCACGUCCGCUCCCACGCCGUCCGCGAUGGAGUCCGCCCUCGCGGCCUCCGCCGUCCCGCUCUCGGCCCCGCUCCUCGACGCCGUCAUGCGCCGCUUCCGCUUCGCGCACGGGGACCCGCUCCGCGCGCUCUCGCUCCUCUCCCUCGCCGCCGACCGCGGCGGGGUCGUGCCGUCGCCCUUCGCGAUCGACACCGCGCUCUACGUGCUCGGCCGGUCCCGCCGGUUCGCGCACAUGUGGGACCUCCUCCACUCCACCCGCCGCAUCUGCCCGGACGCCGUCACCCCGCGCACCGCCAUGGUCGUCCUCGGCCGCGUAGCCAAGGUCUGCUCCGUCCGCCAGACCGUUGACUCCUUCCGCCGCAUAGCGCGGAUGUUCCGCGCCCUCGACCCGGCCGGCCUCUUCAAUGCGCUGCUCCGCACGCUCUGCCAGGAGAAAAGCAUGUCCGACGCGCGCAAUGUCUACCAUGCGCUCAAAUACGAGUUCCAGGUGAACCGCCAGACCUUCAACAUCUUGCUCUCCGGCUGGAAGUCGGCCGAGGACGCCGAGGCGUUCUUUGCCGAGAUGCGGGAGCUCGGGGUGGAGCCCGACCUGGUGACCUAUAACAGCUUGAUCGAUUGCCACUGCAAGAACAAGGACGUGCAGAGGGCCUACAAGCUGCUCGACGAAAUGCGGGAGAAGGAUAUUUCCCCUGAUGUGAUCACUUACACGAGCCUAAUUGGUGGGCUGGGGUUGAUUGGCCAACCUGACAAGGCAAAGGACUUGCUGAAGGAGAUGCAUGAGCUAGGGUGCUACCCAGACGUCCCUGCAUACAACGCUGCAAUACGGAACUUUGUUAUAGCGAAGAGGCUUGGAGAUGGGUUUGCACUGAUGGAUGAAAUGGCCUCAAAGGGACUGAUGCCGAACCCCACAACUUAUAACCUUUUCUUCAGGUGCUAUUACUGGGCGUUCGACAUUGGCAGUGCGUGGCGGUUGUAUGAGCGGAUGCGCUUCGAAAGAUGCUUCCCAAACACACAGUCUUGCAUGUUUAUCAUAAGGCUGUGCCAUCGGCAUGGGAAAGUGGCGCAAGCACUUGAGCUGUGGAGUGAUAUGGUUAGCAACAGGUUUGGAUCAUUCGCCUUGGUAUCAGAUGUGCUUUUUGACUUGCUGUGCGAUGAGGGGAAGUUGGAGGAUGCCGAGAGGUGCUUCUGUCAAAUGGUUGAGCUGGGGCAAAAGCCCAGUAAUGUUGCUUUUAGAAGGAUAAAGAUACUGAUGCAGCUUGCCAAGCAGGAAGAAUCUAUUGCCAGGUUAACUGAAAAUAUGGCACGAUUUGGUCGACUGGCACCUGAAGAUUGCCAAAUGGUCCAUCACCCAGCUGAAAGCAGGCCAAGUAAUGGUGAUGGAGCUGGUAUUGCUAUAUUGAGAGGAGCUUAGCAUAUACAUUUGGACAUUGACUAUCAUGAUUAGCGGCAGUAAAUUUGGUUUACUAGAUGAAUCUUUAUUGGAUUUUUCUGAGCUCUGUACUCUGAUGUCUUCCCUGAAAGUUUUCAAGUUUCAAGA